AUGGCCCCUACGAGGAGCAAGAAACAGCCUCAGAAACGAGCUGCUAUAACACCAAAGAAACGUACCAGUCGAGCUAAACCGCCGCCGCCACCCACCCCCGUCACCCUCCCGCCAUUGCCACCCCUCUCCAUCCCGCCAGAGGACCUGCCUGUCGUGGACGUUAAAGUCCUCCCAUAUCCCACGACUAGGUACGAACGAGGACCUACCUGGAUAGCGGACGAGAGGCCGACGGCGCAGCUCCAUAAGGGAAGUCGCAUCACGCUGCGCACGGACGCCCAAUCGUCGGGCAUCGGGCGCCUGUCGGCGAUCUCCGAUCUACGCCGACACUGGGUCACGUUCUCGAUAAUUGGCGCCCAACAACAGUGCAACCUCCGAGUCCCCAUACCAUGGGUGAUCCUGGACGGCUUAGAGAGCUUCACCCACCAGGAGCACUACCUCAGCCUCCCUAACGACCCCCCUCCACACCGCUCCUUCAUCGACAUCCCCGCAUUUCGCAAUAACGAGGAUAACCCCUAUGAAUUCGAUGUCAACGACGAAGACAUCCCAGCUUUCUCAAAGCGGCUAGCGAAUAUCGCGAACAAAUACUGGAGGAAUCUCGAACUGGAGGGGCGAAGGGCUAGCCUGGACCACUAG